CCGGAUUUAUCCAUUGCAAAAAUAUGUUUGACUUUUUCCUUAUUUUUUGCGCCGUUUUUAUCAGUAUUUCUAGUCAAUAUCAUCCUUUAUCCCAACAAUACAUUGCCUGGAUCAACAGAAAUCAGACAAACUGGAAAGCUGGAAGAAAUUUUAAUGUUGCCGAGUGGUCUAAAGUGAAAAACAUGGCAUCGGGUGCCUGGAAGAGUCCUACGACCAUUCAGCCAUUUAACAGGCAAAAUUCCAUUCUAAAAGCAAAUAUUCUAGAACAUUUUGAUGCCAGAAGAAAGUGGUCCAAAUGCCAAUCCAUUAAUCACAUUUGGGAUCAGUCGCAUUGCGGCUCUUGUUGGGCAGUCAGUGCAGCCUCAACAAUGUCCGACAGAAUUUGCAUUCACUCAAACCAAACUCUACAAUAUUAUGUUUCACCUGAAGAUUUGCUUUCUUGCUGUUGGGAGUGUGGCAAAGGGUGUCUUGGAGGUGGAAUUCCUAGAGCAUGGUGGUAUUGGGAGACCUAUGGCAUCGUGGUUGAUAAAUGUAGGCCUUACAGCCUUCCACCUUGUGAACACCAUCUUAACAAUGUUGAGUCUCGUCCCCAUUGUGACGAUUUAAGACUCAAGACACCUAGAUGUCUUCGAAAAUGUUACAAUUCUUCCUUAGAUUAUCAAAAUUCCCUUACUUAUGGUGGAAGAGUGCAACAAUUCACUUCAGAAGAAGAAAUCCAAUUAGAAAUUAUGCAAAAUGGCCCUGUAGAAGGAGCUAUAGAUAUUUUCGAUGAUUUUUUCAAUUAUAAGAGUGGCGUGUACAUAAGAACCAGUGGCAAAUACAUUGGUGGACACGCCAUUAAAAUUUUAGGUUGGGGCAUUGAGAAUAAAAUAAAAUAUUGGCUAUGUUCCAAUUCUUGGAACAGUGAUUGGGGAGAUGGUGGAUAUUUUAGGAUCUUGCGUGGACAAAAUCAUUGUGGGGUUGAAGAUCAAGUUUUUGCCUCUCUGCCAAAAAUAUAAAUGAAAUUCUGACAAUAAAUUAAAAGUGUGGAAUAAGCGAAUG